AUUAAAGAAACAUUUUAAAGAAAAUUUAAAAAAAUAUAUAUUAAUUUCUAAAUUAAAAUGUUUGUUUACUUAAGCAAAAAGAUUGCAAUACCAAAUAAUGUAAAAUUGAACUGUAUAUCCUGGAAUAAAGAACAAGGUUAUAUAGCGGUAGCAGGUACAGAUGGUUUGUUAAAAGUAUUAAAGCUGGAACAAGCUUCUAAUGGUCAAAAUAAAGGAGGUUUAGCGGCUGUCUCAAAUUUAUCUAUGAAUCAAACAUUGGAUGGUCAUAAGGAUGCCGUCAAAGUUGUGGUAUGGAAUGAUGCUCAACAGAAAUUAACCUCAUCCGAUGUGGAUGGCGUUAUAAUGGUUUGGAUGUUGUAUAAAGGUUCUUGGUAUGAAGAAAUGACAAAUGAUCGUAAAAAAUCAACAGUCAAUGGUAUGCACUGGACUUCGGAUGGUUCAAAAAUAUGUAUUGUUUAUGAAGAUGGUGCAAUUAUAGUGGGCUCUGUUGAUGGUAAUCGCAUUUGGGGUAAAGAAUUAAAAAAUACUCAUUUAAGUGGCGUUCAAUGGAGUCCUGACAAUCGUUUACUUCUCUUUAGCUUGGCCAAUGGAGAAUGUCAUUUAUAUGAUAAUCAAGGAAAUUUUGCGAUGAAACUAAACAUACAAUGUGUGGCCCUUAAUGUCAAUCGUCACAAUAGUGUUACGGCCUUAAGUUGGUUUAGUGGAAAAUCUCCUCCAAAUCGUCCUGUUUUAGCAAUAUGUUAUGAAUCGGGAAAAGUUCAAAUAAUGAUCGAUGAAAACGAUGAAGCACCCACAAUUUUAAACACUCACAUGCAUAUAACCGAUGCUAAGUGGAAUCAUGAUGGUUCUGUGCUAGCGAUAUGUGGUCGACUCGACGAAGUAUCAAAUACAAAAGAACUUAAUCAAGUUAGUUUCUAUUCACCGUAUGGACAUUUAUAUCGUACCCUUAAAGUGCCCGGCAAUCAAAUAACAUCCAUCUCAUGGGAGGGUAAAUCUUUACGCAUAGCCAUGGCCGUCGAUUCGUUUAUAUAUUUUGCCAAUAUACGACCCGAUUAUCGUUGGUGUUAUUUUGAAAAGACGGUGGUAUUUCUAAGCGAACGUAGUAAUGGCAAAACGAAUAAUCUUAAUCUAAUAACAUUUUGGAAUACUAGCUCUAAUCAGAGUUUUCUUAAAGAAGUUGAGACUUGUUUGGCCAUGGCUGCCUGUAAUGAACAUUGUGUUUUAGCGGUAGAGUGCAUUAGUGGCAAUAUUAAGGAUCUGGCUUUAACAUCUUUAGAGCGUAAAAAUGCCGAUGAUAAAUUAUAUCAAUUGUUAUUGUGUAAUUCGAUUGGUACUACUGUGGAUUCUAAAUAUACAGAAGUAUGUCCCAAUUUUAUUGGCAUUAAUUCCAACUAUGUAGCUAUAGCCUCUAAAGAUGAAAUUUUAUUAUGGCAUUAUCAUACACCCAAGAGUGCCUCCCAAUUGCACAAUGUUAAAUCACGCAAAGAGAAACGUUUUCAUAUCGAUGAUACACCUACUGGUAUAGAUUUAGCUAAGGAUUUGGUGGUUUCAAGAACAAGUCAAGAUAAUGCUGAAAUUAAUACGGAUUUGAUAUGCAGUCUAGCUGUAUCGGAGAAAAUUUUGCUAGUAGCUAGAGAAUCGGGUCUUAUAAAUGAGUAUAGCAUACCAAAUGUGGCGCUUAGAAAUCGUCAUAAAAUUGGCAGUAAAAUUAUUAAAAUGUCCAUCAAUUGUAAUUCCUCACGAGCUGCUUUGAUUGACUCUAAUGGUGUUAUGACUCUUUUGGAUUUGGAUGAUAAUCGUGAAACUCAAUUGAAUUUUAGUCGUGUGGAACGUAAAGAUGUUUGGGCCAUAUGCUGGGCUAAAGACAAUCCCCUGCUGUUGGCUCUAAUGGAAAAAACACGCAUGUACAUCUUUAGGGGUAAUGAUCCUGAAGAGCCUAUUGCUUGUUCAGGUUAUAUUUGCACUUUUGAAGAUUUAGAAAUCACCAGCGUCUUGCUGGAUGAUAUUAUAAGUGGCGAGGAAUCGCAAAAUUCUCUUAGUCACAUAUUGCAAUUGAAGGUCAAGUCUUUAAGGGAUACAGAUGAUUUACUGCAACAUGUUGGCCUUGAAGAUGCCAAACAAUUUAUAGAAGAUAAUCCACAUCCUCGUUUAUGGCGUCUAUUGGCUGAAGCAGCUUUAAAGAAGUUAGAGCUAGAUAUAGCAGAAAAUGCUUUUGUAAGAUGUUCGAAUUAUCAGGGCAUUCAGUUGGUAAAACGUUUGCGCACAAUACCCUCGGAAAUGUUGCAGAAAGCGGAAAUUGCCGCUUUCUACGGUGAGUUUGAGGAAGCGGAAAAAUUGUAUAUCGAUGGUGAUCGUCGAGAUUUGGCCAUAAAUUUGCGCAUAACUUUGUGUGAUUGGUUUCGUGUUGUACAGUUGUAUAGAAUGGGGUCUGGCAUAUCGGAUCAACAAAUGGAAACGGCUUGGCGUCAAAUAGGUCAUCAUUUUGCCAGUCUUAGAUCUUGGGAAAGUGCCAAGGAGUACUAUGAUAAAUCUCAUGAUAUCGAAGGUCUUAUGGAAUCGUUGUAUCACUUGGAACAAUUCGAAGAGUUAGAAAAGUGCAUAGAUAAAUUGCCGGAAAAAAGUCCAUUGCUUUCGAAGAUAGCAGAAAUGCUGGCCUCAGUUGGCAUGUGUUCUGAAGCUGUUAAUGCUUAUUUAAAGCUGGGUGAUCCCAAGUCUGCGGUCAACACUUGUGUUAACCUUAGACAAUGGGGCCAAGCGGUGGAGUUGGCACAGAAAUUUAAAAUGCCUCAAGUUAGUGUUUUGCUAAGUAAACAUGCUGCCCAACUCUUAAAAGAUGGUCGUUUACCCGAAGCUAUUGAAUUACAAAAGAAGGCCGGACGCUAUUUAGACGCUGCACGUCUCAUGAACAAACUAGCGGAACGUGAAAUUGAAAAACAUUCGAAUUUAUUACGUAUUAAAAAAUUGUACGUUUUAGCUGGCCUCUUAGCUGAACAACAUUUAAAAAGUCUAGCUGCUAGUUCAGCUGAAAGCCCAGCCUACAAUAUUGAUCGCAUAAGUAUAAUGGAUAAACUGGCUUCAGAGGAUUCGGCUGCUAUAGAACGCAUUUGGCAUUGUGCCGAAGCAUAUCAUUUUAUGUUAUUGGCUCAGCGGCAGUUACGCUUUGGCAUUGUACACAGUGCUGUUAUAACGGCUUUACGCUUGAGAGAAUACGAAGAUGUUCUUAACGCUGAAGAUAUUUAUAGUCUUUUAGCUUUAGCCAGUUGUGCUGAUAGAUCUUUUGGAACUUGCUCUAAGGCCUUUAUCAAACUGGAAUCAUUAAAUAAUUUACCAGAGAAGAGCCAGAGAGAAUACGAAGAGUUGGCAGUAAAUAUUUUUUCGAAAAACGAACCCAUAGAUGAUAAGGUGGAUUUCAUAACCUGUUAUUCCUGUACAAAUGCUGUGGCGGAUUGUUUACCAGCUUGUAAUGCUUGUGGUGCCCGUUUUCCACCCUGUAUAUCAUCGGGAAAACCUGUAACCCAACCGACUGCUAAUAUUUGGAUUUGUGGAACAUGUCAGCACUGUGCCUCGCCCAUGGAAAUAACUCGUCAUCGAACCUGUCCACUGUGUCAUAGUUUGAUCUUAUCAAUGACUUUGGAAGUGUAAAAUAUAUAUUUUUAGAAAUAAAUUUGAAUAAAAUGGUCUCACUAUUUAUGUAAAUAAAA